AUGGCAUCAAUGACCGCUUCGCCCAUCCCAUCAACUUCCACUCCGGUGCUAGCUCAUCCCCGGAUAACCUUGCGACCAUCAUCAUCCACUGGAUCAGCCUCUGCGCGAGUCACACCGACGCCAUCAAGACAGGAUUCUGAGGAAGACGAGCUUCAAGAUGAUGAGAGGCCUUCACCAGCACCCUUGGCAUCAUCAACAAGUCAAGCUCAGAAUCAGACGCCGCUGUUGACUUCUACAGCUAUGAAAGCACCACUUCCACCGCCUGUAUCGGCGAUAGCCUCGGGAUCAGGAUCGACCCAUUCGCCAAGUCCUAGAGGUGGUGGGUAUAGUGGCGGAGGUGGGAAAAGUAGGAAGAGCAGUUGUGAACUAUGUCAUCAUAGGAAGAUCAAGUGCGAUCAACAAAGACCCUCUUGUUCAUCUUGUAUCCGUAAAGGUCAUUUCUGUAAAUAUGCAGAAGAAGCUGAACAAACUCAUCAAUCCACUUUAUCAUCAUCAUCAUCUUCUUCUUCUUCGAUACCUAAACCUCCUAUCAACCAACGCGCCAUGAGCGUUACAAUCGUCAAUGCUUCUGAUCCAUCUAUCAAAUAUACCAUGCCUGUACCCGCUGCCAACCCACAUAUGCCAGCUCUCAAAGUAGGCUACGGUCAGAAUAACAAUAACAAUCACCCUGAAUGGAAAGUUGCCGAUAGUGGAAGUGCAGAGAAGAAGAAAUCGGCAGAAAGGAGAGAAAGAAUCGUUUCUGGAUUCGAUAGUGAUUCAGAGGAUGAGAUCAAAGAGGGAAGUGUGAAGGGAAAAGGGAAUAACAAAUCUAAAGAUCUUGAUGGGGAAUUAGCUGCUUUGGUGGAAGGUGAAACGGAAACUAAACAGGAGGAAAUUGAUGAGUUGGAAGAUGAUAUGAAAGAGGGUAGUGUGGAGACUGAAGAUAAGGAUAAAGAAAAGAAAAGAGGUAUAGUAGUGGAUGAUGAUUUAUCGGGAGAGCUCCUUGAAUUGGCUUCCGCCCCACCCAAGAAAAAGAAGAAGCCCACUCCCACACCUUCAUCCCUGACCACUACAUCUCAACAAGGGUUCUCGCGACCUGCGCCUAAACCUAUCCCCAAUAGACCCUCAUAUGGAAGAUCAUCUCUUCCUGCUGGGGUCCUUCCCCCUACUCCUGCGACUAGCACUGCUGCUUUGUCAUUCACCAAUCGAGUAGAAAGCACUCGAUUCGACCCUUAUUCCACCCCAUUGCAGAACCUCGCCACUUCCCUUCCAUCUCCGGACAUGCAAAAUAUCUUAUUCAAUACAUUCUUCAAUGACCCAUUCUUGAACGAGGGGAUAUCGCUUCUCCAGCCGCAAUAUCUAGAUGACUUCAAAGGUCUCUUAGAGAGGAAGAAUACUAGACUCCAGCCUGGUGACGCUACGACUUUAGCCAAUGCAUUUGCAUUCCUCGCUACGGCUUUGAGGAUACUGCCUGACGAAACUAGUAAACUGCUGUUGGCUAGUCAAGUCUAUACGAGCGGAAGCACCACCACCCCUUCCCAAUUCCCCAGAUCACUCUCCAAAUUAAUCGCUUGUCAACCUGCCUCGAUGAACGAUGCCACGCCUCUUGAUCAAAGGUAUCUGGACCUGGCACUUGUGUCGGCUCAGAUAGCUGAACAGUCGGAUCCACCCAGUAUCAUGUUGGUCAUGCUCAAAUUGGUUUUAUAUCGAUUCUGCAUGUUGGGUCAUCGAAGGGAUAAGGUCGUUUUGGCUGGAAUGUGGUUGGCUCAAGCUGUCAAAGUUGCUCAAGCUUUAGGAAUGGGCAAGGAAUGGGAAGGGCUUACUCAAGGAGAGAGGGAACUAAGAAGAAGAGUUAUGUGGUCUUUGUAUGUCGCUGAUAGACAUCAUUCUUUCGAAACCUCGUUUCCUUACACCAUCAUGGAUGCUCAUCAAGGUAUUCACUUACCUUCCCCAAUGGCCGAAACAGAUUUGUACAAACUCCGGCCAGACAUCCGUGAACUUCCCGCUCAUGCGACCGAACUUGCUCCUACAGCAUGUACGGCCUUAUUCAUCCAUACGCAUCUCGCUCGACGUAUCACCCCAAUUUUAGAUUCGUUCGCUACGAUCUCGGCGGCCAAUACACCUCAUGAUCUCGUAUUGAGAUUCGACGCUUCGCUGGACGCCUUUCAAGAGGCCUUGCCACCAUAUUUCAGAUUAUUCCCAUUAACUGAAACUCGAUUCGAUUCUACUCAUCCUUAUCUUGUCGCUCAUCGGAUACGACUUCACUCUACGCUUUUAACUUAUCGAAUUGGUGUACAUCGCACUCACCUCUUAACUUAUCUUAUACCUACUACGCCUAGUGGUAUAAGACAGGUUAUAGCUCAAGUGUGUUUGGCAAGUUUGAGAGUUCAGAGAUCAUCCAAGAUGCUAGAUCCCAAAAUAACUUUUAGAUUAUUCAACCCUAUGGUCGUAUUUGAGAAUGCCUCUACGUUGGCCUUGAUAAUGUACGUCGAGAAAGCGUUGAAUUCCGAUAUGGAGGGAAUGGGGAGAUAUGUUAAUUCGAAUGAAUGGAUUUCCAUGAGAUCGGGAUUAGCAGAAGCGAAUGAGUUGUUGGAUAAUGUCCAACCUGGUGAAGGGCAGACGUACGCUAGGAAAGCUACGGCGGUAUUGAGAGAAUUAAUGAUCAAGUUGGAUACGCCAAUGUCUAUGAAAGUAAUACCUUCUCAACAAAUACCGAAUGAUGUAGAAAUGUCACCUUUGAAGAUUACCACUCCUUUAGACUCACACCGACCAAAUCAUCAUCACCAAUCACCCAACGCACCUUCUAUGUCGGUUUCUCCCAAAUCACAUGUCAACGUAAAUGACAAGCACUCUACAUCCAUGUCCAUGUCACCUCAGAAAUCGACUUCAUCUUCUUCAUCUUCUAACGGUAUACAGCAGAAACAAGGAGUGAUGAUUACUGAUAUCGUCACCUGGUUGGAGGAAUUGAGAAAAGGUGGGAUCAAUUUGGAAGUUUUGUUGAGGGAACCUGAGUGGGUAGGAGGGUGGGAAAGGAUCAUUAUUGGGAUGUAA